AUGGCUGCAUGUGGUGCCUUUCCGGAUUACAUCGACAUGCAAAAUGUUACGGUGAAGGGAGACCAUCUUUUGAGUGAAGACGUUGAUGUGGACGAUGUAGAAGCACUAUUUGAAAAAGAAAAAGCCGAUUUUCAAAUCAGCGUUUGUAUCGGAAUGCAUCGAGAGAUUGACGAAGAAGUUUCGUCUUAUCAGGAUAUGAUGAUUUUGUACCGUCUUCGUCAGACGCGUACUUUUGGCACUCUCAGCCGCGCAAUGGCAGAGGGCGACGUCAAAUUUCCCAAAUUGAUGCAAUCAUUGGAACUUCUGCGCGAGGAGUGUAUGCAAAAUCGAUGUGAUCACGCUGCCAUAAAUGAGCUAUUAAAUGAUUGCCGUGAAGUGUUUCAAAAUGUUGAUACGGACCACGAAAAAAUAAUGCAACGGUUCAAGAACGGCGAAAAUAUCGAAGAUUUUUUAUCUGAAAGAUUCGAAGUAAUAUUAUAA